AUGAUGGAAUUACUUAAUAAUUUUGAUUGUGGAAAUAAUAACAAUAAUAAUAAUAAUAAAGAAUUAUCGUUAUCAUCGACAUAUAAUAAUGAACAAACUCUUUAUCGUUCGUGUUUGAUUGGUGAUUUAGAACGUGUACAAUAUUUACUACGUAGUAAUAGUUCACCAUCCAUCGAUCUUAACCGACAGAAUUCCGACGGUUUAACAUUAUUGCAUUUUGCUUGUUCAAAUAAUUUUUAUGGACUUGUUCAACUACUUUUACAAUAUAAAGCAAAUAAUCAAAUACGUGAUCAUCUUGAACGUACGUGUCUACAUUAUGCAUCAAUAAAAGGUUAUCGUGCCAUUGUUAAUUUAUUAUUACAAUCAAAUGAAAAUCUUAAUAAUCAUGAAUUCAUUUAUUUAAAUGACAAUCAAAAUAAAAAUUCACUUGAUUAUGCCUGUGAAAAUGAUCAUAUUGAUGUUGUUGAAGUUUUUUUAAAAUAUACCGAUAUUAACCAUUUGGAUUUAACGUCAUCUUUAUAUUAUUCAUCUAUUGAAGGUCAUUUAGACAUAUGUCAUCUAUUAGUAAAUAAACAACAAGAACGAAAAGACUUAUUUCAAUUACAACCAUCGUUUAUUCGAACAAUAUGUCAUCGUGGUCAUAUUGAAAUAUUACGUUUAUUAAUUGAGAAUUUUUCUAUUUCAUCACGACAACGUGAUUGUGGAAAUAGUAUAUUAUUUUAUUGUAUAACAACAUUUGAUUUUGAUCUAGUUAAGAAAUUAUUAGAACGACAAGCGUUUUUAACUGAAAAAGACAUUCAUGAUUUAAUAUCGUUUUGUCCAUUAAACGAUCAAAAUAAUUUCUAUGUUGAUCAUUAUUUUGAUUGUUUAGAAUUGCUUUUACGUUAUCGAUCGAAUUUUGAUGAUCAAAAAGUUUGUAAAUAUUUUAUUCGAGAAUUAUGUGAAAAAUGUACAACGACAGUCAUAGGAAAGAAAUUAAAAUAUUUAUUUGCCUUAGCUAUUUACAGUGGUUCAAUACAGUUAAAUCGUCGUUCAACAAUAAAAUGGUGUGGUGAAAUAAAUAUUUUAACUAAACGCUAUGUUAAUUUAAUAGAUGUUAUUAAACAGACAACUAAAAAAUGGUCACUGAAACAUAUAUUAAGAUUGAAAAUAAAACGCUCAAUGAAAAUAUUUAAUUUAGAACAAAUUAGAACAUUGCCCGGAUUAAAUGAACAUCAUGUUGAUUUUCUUAGUUUUGAGUAUUUGUAA